UGCCUAAUAAACAGAUUAGAUAAACUCAUAUCCUGAUAUUGUAUCGUGCGUUCAUGAAAGAAACUCAGUGUUGAUUCAGCGGCCAAUACAGCUAGCCAGCAAAUCGAUUUAUAGUUAACGUAAAAUGAGGAAUAUAUUAAAUAAAAAAACAUUCUUUUUAUUCUUAUUUUUUGUGGUGAUCUUGUUAUUAUUUCUAAAAACAUUCAAGGACGUGACUAUCCAGGAGCAAUUUUUAAACGGUUAUAAAAUUAUUACCGAAAAUUAUGAAAUAAAAAAUAUUGAAGUCGUGACGACACCUCAAGCAACCAGAAAAUAAGAAACGACAGAACCAAAUGAGGCAUCGAAAUUAAAAUACAUACUUCAGUGGACUUCUCCACGGGGAGUACCAUUUGCUUACAUGGGAAAAGGACAGGAAGGUUUUAUACAAAGAAAAUGCCCACACACCAAUUGUUUUGUGACCGCGGACCGCAAUUUACUCGGUGAUUAUACAAAAUUCGACGUGAUAGCUUUCGCAGGACCUGACGUGGUACGCAUGUCGGAAAGAGCUUUGCCUGAGAAGAGGUCACCGCAUCAAAAAUACGCAUUCGCUACAAUAGAAUCCUCGGACAAUUACCCAGUUUGCUCAAAUCGAUUUGACGGUUACUUUAAUUGGACAUGGACAUUCCGACUGGAUUCGGAAGUCCGAUGGGGAUAUUUCAAUGUCAAAGAUAAAAACGAAAACGUUAUUGGACCGAAUAAAAUAAUGCACUGGAUGAAAAUUGAAGACAUGGAACCGGUCAGCGAAGAUUUCAAAAUACAGUUAAAGUCUAAGUCUAAGGCCGCAGCGUGGUUUGUGUCAAAUUGUUACACAAGAAGCAAAAGGGAAGAUUUCGCUAAUGAACUUCAAGUUGAACUGAAAAAGCACAAUUUAGAACUAGAUAUCUAUGGCAGAUGUGGAAACCUUAAAUGUUCCCGGGAUACAGAAGAGGCAUGUGAUGAAAUGAUCAGAGAAAAAUAUUACUUUUACUUGUCGUUUGAAAACUCAUUUGGUGAAGAUUAUGUCACAGAAAAAUUAUUACAUGCCUUAGAAUUCGACGCUGUUCCUGUAGUGUAUGGCGGUGCUAACUACACCAGGUUUAUGCCUGAAGGGAUUUAUUUGAAUGCGAGGGAGUUAGGAGCAGCCGCGUUAGCUGAAAAAAUGGCAUACCUGAUAAAAACACCAGAUCGUUACAUCGAUAUGUUUAAAUGGAAAAAUCAUUACACAUACUUCAGAAAAUUCAGAAGAGUCGAUACAGAUGAGUACUGCUUAUUUUGUACUAUACUGAAUCAGGAAGACAAAGUGAAAAGUAUAUCUGUGUACGAGAAUUUCAGAAAGUGGUGGGAUCCUCCAAAUCGAUGCUAGCUGAUAUUUCGAGAGGCUCUACAUAGACUGAUGCGACUACGUAUUGGUAAAACUAUUUUUGCUAUUAGCGUUUUGAGGUUACACCAUUAUAUGCCAAGCAGAAGCGUAGAUUGAUGUAAAUUGUGCCUAUAAUGUACUGUCGAAAAGUUAAUUGACCAAAAAGUCUACUAAUGUACCUAUUAUAUUGUAAUUUAAAAACAAAAUAACCGAAGUUCCGAAUCUAUUGUUAUAUCGAUCAAUGGCUGCCGUCGAUUUACAACGCCCCCUAGGUAGGUACUAAUUAGGAUUUGUAUUGGUAUGGUACGUUGUGCGCCCACUCUAUUGAGUACUACCACCCUGUCUAUUUCUGCAGCUAAGUACACAUGCGUUCAGAUUUGAAGAGCGAGACAGGCUUUAAAAAAUAGACUUGAAACUUCGACCUGGGUGGUGGCAUUUACGUUGUGAUAUCUCUAGAUUCCGGCAACCAGACGGGCCGUUAGGUUGUCCACACAUUAUGUGGAAUAAAAAAGAUGUGUAAUAUCGUGAGACACCGGAUAGGAACGAAGUUCCUUAUUAUAAAAAUAUUAAUUUUAAGUUCUAUUCGAUGUAUAAAGAAACUAAAACUGGAGGUUUGGCAACAACCCACGGUCAUUCGGUAACGUGCGAACUUAUUGUGGUACACUUCAUUCACGGUUGUUUGCAUAAGAGUUAGUGUAUUGCGCAAACGAACGCUCUGAGAUCGUGGUCAUAAAAAAAUAUAUUAUUUUUUGUACGUUAUUAUAAAGUUAAGUCGUACACUGUGUGCAUUACUAAUAAAAAUCUUAGGUUACGGACAUUUUUCCCGGUUAGGGUAACCCUCUGCAUCGUCCCAUAAGGAACUGCGUUCCAAAAAGUCCAAAACAAAAACUAUAAUACCAAUCAUGUAUUACAUUAUUUAGAAGUUUAAAACAGCUUGGAUCCUGCUUUGAAUUUGUUUUUUAUACUUGCACUAGUAUAUUAGUAAGACUGUUAGGAAUCGUUAAUUAUAUCUAGCUCAAUCAUUAUAAUUAGAUAGUAUCGGCACUAUGGAAGACUGUUCUUAUGAUUGUGCUAUGUUCACAUUUAAUAAUCUCAUUAAAAAGUCAAACGGUUUGUUCCCAUUUCCCGAAACAAGGACGGAAGAAGUUGAACUUCUGGUGUCUUAAGCGCUAAAAAUCUCUAAGUGUACGUAAUACUAAUUGUUUUUCAAUUACCAGUUGUUGCGGCGGCUUUAUUGUUCCAAACGAAGUAGGAGGGGCAUCCGCCAGCAGAUUAGAUUGUUUAUGUAUUUUUUUUAAAUUAUUAUUAAAAUAAAAAAUCACGUAAUAUGUGACUAAUUAGUAAAUCGACGUGUCGAUGUUUGACUUAGUAACUAAGAUCGCGAAUCCCAGUUCAUCACAGUCUGAAAGUGUUCUGAGCUAUUUGAGGUUAUAAUAUUAUCUUUUUUACCAUCGCAACAUAAGUCACUGUUGUGUAGAGUAGUCUUUCUGUUUUGUGUACGAUAUAAAUAUAUAAUAUCGUUAUAAAUCGAUUUUUAAUUAUUUAUUUUAACUGCACUUUUUUUUUGUAUUUUAUUUUAUUUGUUAUUUGAUAAGGUAUUCGAACGAACUAUUAAUUGUAUUAAUCGAUUAGCGUAAUUGUAUAAUCCUGUAGUUUUAAUGGCGGUAAUGACUCAUGAUGAUCACUGCACGUUUAUAAAUUUCCACGAUCUACAAAUUGCUCUUUUUACAUGACAGCAGUAAUCGGAUCAUCAAAAUGGAGAAUCGAUGUUGUUGUGUUUUUAUUUUUGCGUAACAAAAUAGAUUUAGAAUUUUGCUCGAGAAAUUAUGGUUUAUUUAAAACUAGUUUCACGAUUUAAUCUCGCGUUUUUAUUGUCAUUACACUAUUUCCAACGUGUCGAAUGCUAUACAGUUUUUGCGGUCACAGUCAUUGGUCCAUUGAAUAAUAUCGAGUAUGUGCGACUCACCAAAACCGAAAGAAAUACUAAAAUCAACGCUGUACCUUAAAAAAGUUAUGUUUCGAGUAUUAUGUUAUUUGUCGCGCUUGUAGACCGGUGUAAAACCGAUAAGACUCGCUUACGUGAAGUUUACGAUAGUACACACAAAAGUCAACGUAUCUCCGUGAUAAUAAUCAGUGUGGCAACUAAUUGGGAGGCGUGGGUAAUACCGAUUUACUCCAAAACGAAGUUAUAAGAUAUAAAUAAAAAAGUUUGGACUUUCUUAAAUAAACAAAAAACGAUACUUACAUCUCAUCUAACUUCUUAAGUUGCUUUUCCCUGCCUAUUCGAUGGUAGCCUAAAGGUUAUUCCAGCUUCGUGCGGACUGGAUAUUUCAAUCGCCUUCAGUAGUAACUAGAUCUCCAGCCUAGCCACCUAAUUCCUUAGUCUUAAAUUCUCAAGUAACGACGGUAGAAUAUGAAAAGCUGUAAACUUGAUCUUUUAUGCCGACUGAAGCAUUGGACAAUGGUUGAAAUAGAUCUAAAGUUUUAUCAUUAACAGUGGUAAUAGCGAUUUUGGUAUUAGGUACGUAUGUUUGUGUUUUAAUAAACUUAUCUGUAUGAUAUGCAAAUUCUCUAGUAUUCAUAGGUAGAUGACUUGUAGAUACGUGAAUGGAAUUCCCGAGUACUCGCAGUUGGUCGACUUAGACUGCUGCGUUCAUAUUUUGUUACAGGCAUGCGUGUCGAUAAUGAUUAGCUUAAUCGCUUAAGCCUACAUCUUUGAAAGCGUGUGUUUACUGAAGACUUAAAACUCGAAAAUCAUGACAUUGAAACGAUUUGCUUAAGAAAUACAUAUACAUAAUAGUUUAUGACCGAGUCGUAUUGUACAAUAAAAAAACGAGUGAUGUAUCAUAAUCAUAAAAUAGUUUUAUUUCGUGUAGCCGCAUUAAGGAUUUGAUAAUAUCUAUCUCAAGUCAAACAGUGUUGUCGAAAAUUGUUGAAGUCACCUAAAAUUAUGUCUUUAGACUUUUAUUUGGAAUAUUUAGAGCAAUUUAUCCGUGGAAAAGUCGAGAGCACAGUUUUUAUAAUUAUCUUGUUGAUCGCGUAACAAGUGGAUACGUAACAUGCAAAAAUAUGAUCUCGAUACUUCAGAUAAAAAAGUGUUUUUCUGUUUUUUCUGUUCGAUGCGUGAAAGAGUUCUCGGCCUACUAGAUGUACCUUAACACAUACACACAUUACAUCGUGAAUAAAGCCUCCCGCCAAUCUAAAUCUAACUAACAAAGUCGAAUCCUGCCGUUCUCCCAGUCACCUGGGUUCGGCGCAACAUGUUUUCUCCUUCCAUACUCUUCUAUCAUAUACCAUUUCUUCGCUCACUCCCCUCUUACCCAUAUCGUCUUUCACGCAAUCCAUCCACUUCUUCUUAGGUCUAUCUCUUCCUCUAUAUCCUUUCACGUUUAUAGUUAACACCCUCAUACCAACAUUUUCAUUUCGUCUCACCACAUUUUCAUUCGUUUCUUCACCAAUUAACUAACAAAGUUGCAUAAGAAAUUUAAGAGGCACCAAUUUUUGUAAUAAGAACAUCCAUGGAGGCUAAUCGAUAAUGCUACCAAUAAAUUUGAAUUAAUUUUGGGUUCAAUAAUUGAAUAGGCGUUAAUACUACAAUGUAUACGAGGACAAGAAAGUGGACUAUUUUACAUAAGUAAAUUUAUAAAAUACAAAACUUAAACAAAUGUAAAUGAAACCUAAAUUUGAGAAAUACGAAUGAGUGUUUUUUUUAUAUAUUUGGAUAAGAAAAAGAUGUCAUAAAAUGAUGUUAUACAGAAUGAUGAAUGAAAAUAAAAUACAGAAAAUUGUGAGCGGACUACUUUUAUUUACGAUGAUUUAUGUCGUAACACUACGGUCCCACAAUUUGAAGUUUAUGAUACUUUAAAAAAAAUAUAUAGACUUUUUAGUGUACCCAAUCAAAUGAUACUUAUUUACUGCUAUAACAACAAAACAGAAUAGAGAUAAUACUGUGCAUGCUUACAGCAAAUGACUGCACUUUCACGGUAUAUCCCGUGCUAAUUCUGUAGUUAAGCAAUUAUGGAAAUUUCAUUAGUCUGCAAUUGAUAUUGCACUAGGCAGAGGGGUUCUUUAAUGCAUCUCAUAUAAUUCUGCAUAUUUAGACUUUUAUUAAUUUACUAGCGGCCCCUCCGGCUCCGCUCGGGUCCUUAACAAACAUUUCAACGAUAUUUGACGUUGUUUUAUGUUUUUUAAUAACAUAACACUUAUUGCGGCAUAACUAUAAUAGUUAGACAUAUGCUGCCGCGACACUUUUUGUAAAUAAUAAUGUGUUCUUUGUACGACUUUGUAGUCGUAGUACAUUAUGUUAUUCUAUCAUCAAUACUUUUCGCAGGUCACGCGAUCUAAAGAAUAUUUUAGGUAAUUUUUUUAUACCUUGGCUUACAUUAUUGGAGUUUUAGUAAGGAUCACUAAUUUUUUUCAAAAAAUAUUUUAGCCUAUGUCACUCGGGAAUAGUGUAGCUUCCAAAUAGUCAAAGAAUUUUUCAAAUCGGUUCAGUAAUUUCGGAUCCUAUUCAAUACAAACAAACAAACAAAUCUUUCCUCUUUAUAAUAUUAGUAUAGAAGUAUAUAUAUAUCUAUUAUAGAUACGAUAAAAUAUGUAUUUUGUUUUCAUGAAUUAAUGUUACAUUAAAUGUUAAAUCAGUUACACAAUAGUAUUUAGUGAAAUAAAAUGUCAAGUAAACCAUUUACUUAUUACGUUUAACAAUAGAGGAGCGAAAAAAAUUUAUAUAAUAAAACAUUAUAAUUAAUAAUUAAUUGUUAAGCGAUUAUAAAUUAUUUUAUAUAUAAUGGAAAAACAUUAAAGUAUAUUUUAUCAUCUCUACAUUUUAUCACCUAUCAAAAUUCAAUUGUCAUACCGGGGGCUUUAAAUCGAUCUUAUGGAAUAAAUUGAUAAAUACGUAAUAUAUCUAUAUAUAUAAAAAUGAAACCCGUUUUCCGUUGUCACGACAUAACAUGAAAACGGCUUGACCGAUUUGGCUAAUUUUGGUCUUGAAUUAUUUGUGGAAGUCCAGAGAAGGUUUAAAAGGUAUAAAAAUAUGAAAAUUCUCGGAAUUAAAUAAAAAUAACAAUUUUGUUUUCCCUUUGACGUGUCCCCCGUCGGACGGAUUCCUUUUGUUUGUUUUAAGUUUAUUCUAUAUAAAAGUUCAGGUCUUUUAUUUAUCGAUUGAGGCACUACGAAGUCUGCCGGGUCAGCUAGUUUUGUAUAAAUGUGUAAAUAAUACGUACGAGUAUAUGGAUAUAUAGGUGUGAAUUGUAUAUUAAUUUAUUUUAUUGUAAAAUAUGCGGUGUAGUAUUUUAUGUGUGUGUGUAUGUACAUUGUGUGUGUUUUGUAUUUAAUAUUUUAUUGUAAUAUUUUUUUAAUAAAACAAAUGCAUCUGCUAUUGUACUCUCUAUACUACCUUUGGUUGACUCGUAUCUUUGAGCUUUGAGCUUUGACCUUUAAGCCCAAAGUCCAACAAUUACUUCGUGUACUCUUCUAAAUAAAGUUAAAUAAUCAAAUAAAUAAAUAAACUCCAAAAACCUAGUUCUGAAUAGAACUGUACAAAAUUUACAAUAUAUACAUAUGAAUGUAAUGCUAUAGUUCAUAAAAAGUGUUUUUAUCAUUCACUUCUACUGGCAAUUCGUGAUCAUAGAACGUGCUUCAAAAUGAGGUCGAGUAAGAAAUAUUUAACACUAUUUGUUAUAUUCACUGCGUUAACUUAAAUAGUAAUAAAUCAUCAACUUCGUAAUCAAAUAAAUAAUGUGAUAGCAGUAAAAAAUUAACAAAGUAAUUAGGCUUAAAGCAUAUUCUAAAGUUUAUAAAGUCGAAUUAAGCUUUUGUGUUUACAAUAUAGUGAUACAAUAUAGCUGUCUUGUACGUUAGCUACAGUUUUUGGUCACUGGUAGCACAUCUACAACGGAAAUGCGCCACCCACCUUGACAUAUAAGUUCUAAGGUCUCAGUAUAGUUACAACGGCUGCCCCACUCUUCAAACCGAAACGCAUUACUGUUUCACGGAAGAAAUAGGCAGGGUGGUGGUAUCUACCAGUAAAAAAGUGCUUAGUUACUGUAUGUAGAUUUUUUAUAGAUUUGAAGAAGAAGUCGUCGUAGCCUAAAGAAAAAGAAGUCUGGUACAUUCGUAUCGAACGAUGCGAAUGUGCUGAUGUUCAAAUCCGGCGGGCAUUUACCAUUUUUUUAAAUAAAAUACGUACUAAGCUUUAAAUAUAAUAAAAUACGUACUACCCAAAUGUUCAAGAACGAUUCCCACCAUGAAGUGAUAACAUUAUGUAAUAAAUGAUAAAUAAAUGAUUUUAGUAUUAUUAUACUAUAUUUAUUUAAAUACUUAUUAAUUACACAAUUUUUUUUAAAAAAGAUUAAAUAUACAAUUUUUAAAAAACACUACGUAAAAAUAGAUAUUCGCUGAUGGCGGUGUUUACGACACAAGCCACCAGUGGUUAGGACUCCAGAGUGAGAAACCUCCUCACAAUGCGUACAGUAUCGAGGAUAACUGCUUUCUGUAUUAGGCCAGUUGGAUAACGAAAGUUUCUUAAGAUGUUGAUCGAAACUUUUUUGUUUUUUAAUGCACUUCUCAUUCCAAACCAGAUGGUACGCGGCAAAAAAUAUAUCUGGAAACGCACUGUGGAUGAACGAAGUUUUUAUUUUUUAUUGCUUAGAUGGGUGGACGAGCUCACAGCCCACCUGGUGUUAAGUGGUUACUGGAGCCCAUAGACAUCUAGAACGUAAAUGCGCCACCCAUCUUGAGAUACAGGUUCUAAGGUCUCAAGUAUAGUUACAACGGCUGCCCCACCCUUCAAACCGAAACGCAUUACUGCUUCACGGCAGAAAUAGGCAGGGUGGUGGUACCCACCCGCGCGGACUCACAAGAGGUCCUACCACCCUACCACCAGUAAUUACGCAAAUUAUAUUUUUGCGGGUUUGAUUUUUAUUACACGAUGUUAUUCCUUCACCGUGGAAGUCAAUCGUUAACAUUUGUUGAGUACGUAUUUCAUAGAAAAAUUGGUACCCGCCUGCGGGAUUCGAACAGCGUCGCAUCGCUUCAACACGAAUGCACCGGACGUCUUAUCCUUUAGGCCACGACGACUUCAGUUACAAUAGACUUAAACAGAUACAAUUUGUCCAUUGAUAUCUUCGGAUAUUAUAUAAAAAUCUGACGUACACUCAAUACUGACUUAGCUUGUCAUUGAAUUAUUGAAGAAAACUCUUACUCUUAUUUAUAUAAGAUCCUACCUGUCGUAUUCAGUGUGGCCAGUUAUAAAAGGUUAGCAUAUAUACGUACGUGAAAUCUUUAUGAAAUUGACCCGUGUUUUUCUUCAAACGACGUCUAAGGAAACCUGCCUGAGCCUUUAUCAGGCGUGCGCCUGUCUCGAGCCUAAACAAAAAAAUACUCAUCAGAAGCUAAGUAGCUUACUAGUAGGGUAGAUGAGUAUACGCCCCACGUGUUGAUCACUUAUCAGAGUCAUGAAUUCCGGAGCCUAUACAAAGAACGAAGUCCCAAAAUCGGACCACCUAAUGGCCCUAGUGGAAGGUACCCCCGCCCCUUUCUGUUGCGAGGAAGCCAUACGUUUCAGUUUAGAGAUUGGGCCAGCUGUUAUUCAAUACAACUGAAGCUUCAACCCCAUAUCUCAAUUUGCGUGGGAGAAUUCUCUUUGUGACGUCAACGGGCUCCGAAAAUAACUCCCUUGAUCUUGGUCGAGCGAAAAAACGAUUUUUUUCUUUCUAAUAUUAAGAUUAUUGUUAUCCAUUGAAACAUAAUAGUGUUACUGUGUACUCUGUUUUCACUAAUUAAAAACAAAACAAAACAUCGAAAAUACUUUAGAAAAUUUAGUAGAUAGCAAUUAAAAUCGAAAAUACUAUGACUAAAAAAUGAUAAGAACGAUAAUUGACUUCACUGAAAUUGUCUAAUAGAUAAGAUUUGUUAUGAGCGAUUUUUUAGCUAACGUAGAUAUUGGACGCGGCUUAAUUAAUGAAGAAUUCUCUUCAGCUUCGAAGAACGAAAAACCAAACAGUUUUUAUUUUUUAUCUUAACCUUUUCAAAUUGUGCGUCAUAAAUAAAAUUAAAUGUCAACUUGAACACCUUUUUUUCAGUUUUUUUAUUUGUGGGAGAAGUUGGAUAAUGUUUUGUCCGUUCAUACUUGUUAAUAAUCGCUGUACCUACGGUAGGCAGCGGCUUGGCUCUGUCCCUGGUAUUCCUAGCGUCCAUUAGCGAAGGCUACCAUAAAGUAAUUUCUCUUAAAAAAAGCUUAUGAAAAGUAUUAUUUACGAUUUCCUUAUCGCUAUACUGGUGGAACGAUGAAUCGCAAUGGGUGGCUGACAAGAACUGGAUAAGGAGAGCUGAAGACCCCACUCGUUGGUGUAAAUUGGGAGUGGCCUCUGUCCAGCAACGUUCAGCAGGAUGACUAUGGGCUGAUGAUCAUAAUAAGAAAUUACAUGAUAUAGCUAAUUUAAAUGCCAAAUAUUAAAAAAUCUCAACCAUUGUACAGAAUAUGGAGAUGAUUAAAUUAAGAAUUAAUUUAAUUAGGGAUUGAACGAGUCUCUUCAGGGUUGUUGCUUUAGGUUGCUACAUUGAGAUACCACUCGAACCGUAUCUAGGCGGGUAAGCUGUAUGGAGUACAAGCCCCAAUAUCUUGUCACGGUACUUUGAGACCGUUAAGUUUCAGUGCGCCCAUAGGGAGAUUGAUACUCGUACUUUUGAUUUGGGUUAUGGUAAUUAAAUAAAUGAAACUAGAUGAUGA